UGUUUGACUGUCGCCAAUAUUUGUCAGCAAAAAGUGGACGGCAACGCGAGCCCACACAACACCGCCAUCCUACACCUACGAAAGCGGAUCACUUGAGACGGAGAAGGAGAAGACAACGGGGAUUUCUACCCUUUCUGACCAGAAAAGCAGCAACUAUGUCUCAAUCAAAUGGCUUCACUGUGAGUGACGAAGGGUGGGAGUCACACAAGAAAAUGAUGGUGGAGCCCCUGGCUAUCAGCGACUCAGAGGUGUUCUCUAUCAUAAAGAAUGAGAAGCACAAGCAGAUUUAUUGUCUGGAGCUAAUAGCAGCUGAGAACUUUACCAGCAGAGCUGUUCUUGAGGCUCUUGGCUCCUGUUUGACCAACAAGUACUCGAAAGGGUUUCCUGGCCAGAGCUACUACUACAAUGGUUUGGAGUAUAAUGAUGACCUGGAGACACUUUGUCAGAGGAGGGCACUGGAGGCCUUUGGUUUGGAUUCAGAGAAAUGGGGAGUCAACGUGCGUCCAUACUCAGGUUCCCCUGCUAACUUUGCUGUGUACACGGCUGUUGUGGAACCAAGUGGUAGGAUCAUGGCCCUAGAUGUUCCUGAUGGAGGCCACAUGUCGCAUGGUUUCAUGACUGAUGAAAAGAAAAUCGCAGCAACAUCCAUCUUUUUUGAAACUAUGCCAUACAAGCUGAAUCCAGAAACCGGCUACAUUGACUAUGAUAAACUGCAGGAAAAUGCACGGCUGUUCCACCCCAAACUCAUCAUUGCAGGGACAAGCUGCUAUUCCCGUAACCUUGAGUUCGACCGCUUGAAGCAGAUUGCCAAUGAGAAUGGGGCAUAUCUGAUGGGGGACAUGGCUCAUAUUGCUGGGUUAGUGGCUGCUGGGGUGGUGCCCUCACCCUUUGAACAUUGUGACAUUGUCACAACAACUACUUAUAAAACUUUGCGAGGCUGCCGUGGUGGACUUAUCUUUUAUCGGAAAGGAGUACGGAGUGUGGACGCCAAAGGAAAGGAGACUCUGUACAACUUGGAGUUUUUGAUCAACCAGGCUGUGUUUCCAAGGCUGCAGGGAGGACCACACAACAAUAAUAUUGCAGGUGUUGCUGUGGCUCUCAAACAAGCCAUGACACCAGAGUUCAAGGCUUACCAGCUGCAGGUUCUGGUUAACUGCAAAGCUCUGUCCAGCGCCCUCAUGGACCUCGGGUAUAAGAUUGUCACUGGUGGCUCUGACAACCAUCAGAUCCUGCUGGACCUGCGCAACAAGGGAACCGACGGAGGACGAGCUGAGAAGGUCUUGGAGGCCUGUGCCAUUGAUUGCAACAAGAACACCUGUCCAGGUGAUAAGAGUACUUUGCGUCCCAGUGGUCUGAGGUUUGGCUCUCCAGCUCUGACCUCCAGAGGCAUGGUAGAGGAAGACUUCAAGAAGGUGGCUCACUUCGUUCAUAGAGGUAUUGAGCUGACGCUGGAAGUGCAGAGAAGUCUGGACCCCAAGGCCACCCUGAAGGAGUUCAUCCAGGCCUUGGCUCAGGGAGAGAAGUUCCAGCAGCGGGUGGCAGAGGUCAGGGCAGAGGUGGAGGCCUUCGCCGGGCAGUUCCCCAUGCCUGGCCUUCCUGAGCUGUAGAGAACAGAAGACCACCCUCCUAUACUUCUCAGAUCAAGAGACUUCCUGAUGGCUUCAAUAUCGAAGUACAAGUUUUCUCCUGGAGCAGAUUUUUCUCAAUGGAUGGGAAUUUGUUUUAGUUGCUAUUGUUACAGAGCUUUACUGUUUCAAACAGAAAGGUGAUUUUUUUUCAUAGGUGGUUAGAUGUUACGUUCAAAUUAAUGCCAUAAUUUUCCAUCUCUGUGGAGUUUUCCAACAAACUGCUUCAGCUUGAAACCCAAACUUUGAUCCACACAUGGCUAAUCAAGAUGUCUAUGAAUCUAUACAAUUUAAUUAACUGGCCAACAUUGCUGCAUAAAGUUAAUUAAAAGAUGACUAAAAGGA